AUUACUUUAAUUAGCUAACUUCACGUUUUCAUAAAAUUUAUUUAUCACAUUUCAAUUAUUUUUAUUUACUAAUUCAUAUAGUAUUAUCAACAUAAAAUAUUGGUUCAAUAUAAUAAUUUUGAACUGAAAAAAAUGGCGGUAAAUCACUAUGACUUAGAAUUUUUAUUGGAACAAGCAAAUAAAUUAUUCAGUAGAGAUAAUUGGGCUCAUGAAAUAAUUGAUCAAACAAUUGAUUUUGUAAAUGAAAAUAAUAAAAUUGUUUAUGUUGGGUGUUCGACGGUGGUAAGAGUUCUUCUCAAAUCUGGAAGAUUUCAUGAAAAUGUAGGGUUUCAUGAAGGCGUGUCUGAGUCCACUGGGAAAGCUUUCGAGGAUGCGAGAAAAGUUGCUAUCAUUUAAAAUAUUAUUUGUAAUCUUAAAUAUUAUUAUAAUAACUACUCUAUU